AGCUAAAUCGGGAGCGCAAUUGUGGCUGGAAUGCGGCGGCUGCGGGUGCCCUUGAUCUCGGUCGGCCCCUGCAGCCAGGCCGCAAUGGGGGCGGCCCCUGGGGCACGGUGUGGGCGCCCCUCGCUCCUCGCUGCUGAUUGAUACCCACCCGGGGCUCCUCAUCCUCCCUUAGCGAGGAGUCCCGGACCCUUGGGAGAGGUAGACGGCAUGGAGAAGCCCUUUCCUCAGUUUCCCUUUCUGAUCAAGGAAAAAGUUGAGCUAGUUGGGAACCGGAGGGGCGCCCGGCUUUCCCGCCAAGGGCCCUUGGACCCGUCAAGGUUUGGGGAGGAGGCUGAGAGGGGAGGGAGAGGUGCCCGGCCCCGCCCCUGCCUGCCCCGCCCCGCCCCGCUCUGGAGCCCCGGCUCCGCCCUCACAGGUUGAUGGCCCGGGCAGCUGACACUGCAGCGAAGGAGCCCUGCCCAUCUGGGGAGAGAGCGAGGGGGCGCCGGAGCCUGGACCCUUCUGAGCCCUUGCGGGAGGCGAGCCUCCGCCCGCGUACCAACGCCCGGACGCCCUGAGCCUUGAGCCCACUGCUCCGGCCAAAUUCCGUCUGCAGAAGAGCCGCAGCGGCGAGGGGACUCCCCCAACACCCCGACCUCCGGGCCCGGCGGCCCACACCCCUCCCUCCCCGGCCCCGCUGCCGGCUCUGCACCAGCCAUGAGCCGGCGAGUCGUCCGGCAAAGCAAGUUCCGGCACGUGUUUGGCCAGGCCGGGAAAGCCGAGCAGACCUACGAGGACAUCCGAGUGUCCAAGGUCACAUGGGACAGCUCCUUCUGCGCUGUCAACCCCAAAUUUCUGGCCAUCAUCGUGGCUGGAGGGGGCGGAGCCUUCAUCGUGCUGCCCUUGGCUAAGACGGGCCGCGUAGACAAGAACCACCCGACAGUCAAUGGACACACAGCGCCUGUGCUGGACAUAGACUGGUGUCCCCACAAUGACAGUGUGAUCGCCAGCGCCUCCGAGGACACCACAAUCAUGGUAUGGCAGAUCCCAGACUACACACCUGUGCGGAACAUCACAGAGCCCAUCGUCACGUUGGAGGGCCACUCCAAACGUGUGGGUAUCCUCUCCUGGCACCCCACAGCCCGGAACGUCCUGCUCAGCGCAGGAGGGGACAAUGUUAUCAUCAUCUGGAAUGUGGGAACAGGGGAGAUGUUGUUGAGCCUGGAUGACAUGCACCCCGACGUCAUCUACAGUGUCUGCUGGAAUACCAACGGGGGCCUGUUCUGCACCACCUGCAAGGACAAGACCCUUCGAGUCAUCGACCCCCGGAAGGGCCAGGUGGUGGCGGAAAGGUUUGCUGCCCAUGAAGGGAUGAGGCCCAUGCGGGCCGUCUUCACACGCCAAGGUCACAUCUUCACCACGGGAUUUACCCGCAUGAGCCAGCGUGAGCUGGGCCUGUGGGACCCGAACAACUUUGAGGAGCCCAUGGCACUCCAGGAGAUGGACACCAGCAAUGGGGUCCUCCUUCCCUUCUACGACCCUGAUUCUAGCAUAGUCUACCUGUGCGGCAAGGGGGACAGUAGCAUCCGGUACUUUGAGAUCACUGACGAGCCCCCCUUUGUCCACUACCUGAACACCUUCAGCAGCAAGGAGCCCCAGCGAGGCAUGGGUUUCAUGCCCAAGAGGGGCUUGGAUGUCAGCAAGUGUGAAAUUGCCAGAUUCUACAAGCUGCAUGAAAGGAAGUGUGAGCCCAUCAUCAUGACUGUACCCCGAAAGUCAGACCUGUUCCAGGAUGAUCUGUACCCUGACACGCCAGGCCCCGAGCCAGCCUUGGAGGCAGAUGAAUGGCUAUCGGGCCAGGAUGCAGACCCGGUGCUGAUUUCCCUACGAGACGGCUACGUGCCCCCCAAGAGCCGAGAACUUCGGGUCACCAAGCGCAACAUUCUGGAUGUCCGGCCGCCCACUGGCCCACGACGAAGCCAGUCUGCCAGCGAUGCCUCCUUCUCGCAGCAGCAGCAGCAACAGACCCUGGAAACUUUGCUUGAGGAAAUUAAGUCCCUCCGAGAGAGGGUCCAGGCCCAGGAAGAGCGCAUCACAGCCCUGGAGAACAUGCUUUGCGAAUUUGUCGAGGACACUGAUUAGCCCCGCCCCGCCCCCACUCCCCAUCUCCUGCUCCUGGCUCCCUUCCUCUGACCCCAGGAUGGAAGGGCUACAAAUUCAAUCCAAGGGACUUCACCCCUGCAGAGGGGAGGGGGAAGAAGAGUAGACCCUUUCCCCAACUUUCAAGUGGGGAAUGAAGUGUGAAUGGGGUGUGACCUUUUUGGGGGGCGGGGUUUCACCUCUGAGAGAGGAGCUCAGCCCCUUUCAUUUUUUUUUUUUUAGUGAGGCAAUUGGGGUUAAGUGACUUGCCCAGGGUCACACAGCUAGUAAGUGUUAAGUGUCUGAGGCCGGAUUUGAACUCAGGUACUCCUGACUCCAGGGUCGGUGCUCUAUCCACUUCGACACCUAGCUGCCCCCUGCGCCACCUAGCUGCCCCAGCCCCUUUCACUGAGAUAUUCACCCCCAACCUUUAUGUGUCCAAAGAGGGGGGUGUAGGAAGGUAAAAAUGUAUGCCCCCCAAGGGGAGGGGUUGAGAGACACUGUUAGCGAUCAAUCAACAAGCAUUUAAUAAUCUCCUGCUAUGUGCCAAGGAGAAAAGACAAAAAUGAAACUGUCCCUGCCCUCAAAAAACUUACUUUCUUUGGGAGAGGGGAGACUUGGGAUAUGAACUGAGGACAGAGGAAGGACCAUGGGGGGGGGGGCAGGGAGCAGUGGUAUUGAGAGUGGAAUUUUUAGGCCAAACCUCAUGAUAGAGGCAGGGGAGGGGAGACGAGAUCAGGACACAAGUUUGGGGAAUGCGGUGGUUAGUGUGGAAUGGCUCCUUCUGCCCUAGUUUCUUCCUUUCCUUCCUCACCCCAGCCACUAUAGGGGUUGGAGGAGACCCAAGGGAGAGAGGUGUCCCAUUAGCUGGGCCCUGGAGGUGAGGGCUUUGCUAGUGCAGGAGGGCAAAGGAGUCACUUUCAACUCCCUCCCAGAAGGGGAGAUGUGAUUGUUGGGGCUUCUCCCUGGCAUAAGCAGGUGGUGGAAACCUCACAGGAAAAGACAGAAACCUGAGGUGGCCUCCGGUCCCCUCACCCAUGGCUGGGUGCCCUCCUCUCCUCCAUCUCUCACCAUGUAUCUCCUCCACAGCACACGGGCUCCUAUCCUGGUGUGUGAAGGCUCCUCUCCCCCGCCCCCCCCCACACCCUCAGUUCACACUAGACCAGGUGUGAAGGUAUGGCUUGGAAUGGAGCAGAUUAACCUGUCUGUCAGUCCCUGUUCCCCAUCAUGGGCUCUGCUGUUUAAAAAGGAAAUUGUGGAGGAUCGAAAAAUUAAAUAUUUUAUU